GUAAAUCGCAGCAAACGCAUUGUACGAAACUAUUAACCGCCUCAUCGCAAUUUAAUAAACUUCAGGCUCCCGGCGAAUUCAUUCCCAAGGAAAUUAGAAUCACAUCCCAAGUAACCCAAACAAAGAGAAACUCUGUGGAUAAAACCCUAUACUUUUUGCCGUCUGGAAGAAAAACAGAGAGUUUUGAUGGUUGCAGAGAGGAAGGAGGAGGAGGACAUGUAUUGGGAGGUGUCAAUGGCAAUGGAUUCUCAAAGAUCGAAUCCGCCGCUUCACAAUUUCACGCUUCCCUUGAAGUGGGGAAAACAGAAGCUCUUGCGGUGCGGGAAGCCUGAUUCUAUGGGCCGAUUCCCCGCCGUUCACCGGAGAUUUCAUACUCUGUCGCCGGAGAUGUCGCUUGGGAAGCAGAGUGGGUCGGAAAGCGAUUCUGGGUUGCCGCGUCUCGGAUUAGAUGAGGCGGUUCUAGGGGUGGGUGUUUUAAAAAAUGGGCCGACGAGUGGUGGCCGGGAAUUACCGGCUGAAGUAGCUGAAGGGCGGCUGGAGGAGGAAGAUUCCGAGGAACGGCUGCCGCCGGCUCCGACGACUGUCACGAACACUAUUUCUCCGGUGGGUCCAUCUGAACCCGCAAGGCCGUGGAACUUGCGCACUCGCCGGCCGGGGAGUAAGCAGCCGAACGGGUCCACCGCCGCUUCGGGCGAAUCGAAUUCGGGUUUUAUGAUCGACAUUACGAUGCCGCCAUUGAUGACUGAAGACAAAUCUCCGAGAGUCCGGUGUAGCUCUGCCACCGCUUCCGUCCCCGCCGCCGCAGCAAGAGUAUUUCCCGUCAGAGAGAAUGGGGAGAGGGCAAAGUUCGCCGUUACCCUGUCCCGGCAGGAGAUCGAGGAAGAUUUCGCGGCGAUACUCCGUCACCGGCCAUCUCGCCGCCCCAAGAAACGAGCUAAAAAUAUUCAGAGAAAUCUAGAUAGCCUGUUUCCUGGAUUGUGGCUGACGGAAAUUAGUGCUGACAUGUACAAAGUUACUGAUGAUAAGUAGAAAGAACGGAGUUUUAUCUUCAAGAAGUUUGCUCAGUCUAUCUUUCUCCGGCCAACUGAGAACAUGAAGAUUUCUCCGGUGGUUGGGUCACUUUUGGUGUUAGAAGAUGCAGAUUCUAAUUUAUUUCAUUCAUUUAAGCAGAUUCUAUUUUAUUUCAUUCAUUAGCAUAGGAUAAAAUUGAUUUCUUUUUCAUUUCUGUUGAUGAUGGGUGUGUUGUUUAGCUUGAAGACAAUUCUUCAGAUCACAAUCCAAUUCAAAUUUGAUUUUCCCAAUUGUAUACGUUUAAUCUUUUUAUUUUUGUAGGAUCCAAUGUUAUGACU